CUGGUUGAGCCCUGGAGGUGCAGUGAGAGUGCCCUGCCUGGCCUAGUCCUAGGUGUCUGAUGUGGUGAGGAGCCCAGUGCACACUGAGGCAGCCAUGCUGCUGACUGGGGCUACACUGGCGACCCUGGCUGUGGCCGUGGCCGUCUUCCUGCUCUUGGUGGACCAGAUGCACCAGCACUCACGUUGGGCCGCACGCUACCCGCCAGGUCCCAUGCCACUGCCUGGGCUGGGUAACCUGCUGCAGGUGAACUUCCAGGACCCGCUUCUCAGCUUUAGCCAGCUGCGGCGCCGCUUCGGGGACGUGUUCAGCCUGCAGCAGGUCUGGACUCCCGUCGUCGUGCUCAACGGGCUGGCGGCUGUGCGAGAGGCGCUGGUGUACCGCAGCCAGGAUACCUCCGACCGCCCAUCUGCGACAGUCUACGAGCACCUGGGUUACGGGCCGCGCUCGGAAGGAGUGAUCCUGGCGCGCUAUGGGAAAGCCUGGCGCGAGCAGCGACGCUUCUCCUUGUCCACCCUGCGCAACUUCGGCCUGGGCAAGAAGUCGCUGGAGCAGUGGGUGACCGAGGAGGCCUCGUGCCUCUGCGCCGCCUUCGCCGAUCAGGCCGGACGUCCCUUUAGCCCCAACGCCCUCCUGAAUAAAGCGGUGAGCAACGUGAUCGCCUCCCUGACCUUCGGGAGCCGCUUCGAGUACAACGACCUUCGCAUCCUCAAGCUAUUGGACAUAUUGGAGGAUGGACUGAAGGAGGAGGUUGGCUUCGUGCGCCAGGUGCUGGAAGCAAUCCCCGUGCUCCUGCGUAUCCCAGGGCUGGCUGCCAAGGUCUUCCCGGCGCAGAGGGCCUUCAUGGCCCUGAUUGAUGAGCUGGUCACCGAGCACAGGAUGACCCGGGACCGGGCCCAGCCACCCCGAGACCUGACUGACGCCUUCUUGGACGAGGUGGAGAAGGCCAAGGGGAACCCUGAGAGCAGCUUCAAUGAUGAGAACCUGCGCCUGGUGGUGUCUGACCUCUUCUCUGCCGGGAUGAUCACCACCUCAACCACGCUGGCCUGGGCCCUCCUCCUCAUGAUCCUGCACCCAGACGUGCAGCGUGAGCGUCAGGAGGAGGUCAGAGCCCAGCCCUUGGGUCUGACCACUGUGAGGAUGCUUGUUUUUCCAGGACGUGUCCAACAGGAAAUCGAUGAGGUGAUAGGGCAGGUGAGGCCACCAGAGAUGGCGGAUCAGGCCCUCAUGCCCUUCACCAUGGCCGUGGUCCAUGAGGUGCAGCGCUUUGGGGACAUCAUCCCACUGGGCCUGCCCCACAUGACAUCCCGUGACAUCGAAGUUCAGGGCUUCCUCAUCCCAAAAGGGACGACGCUCAUCACCAACCUGUCAUCAGUGCUGAAGGACGAGACCAUCUGGAAGAAGCCCUUCCACUUCCACCCGGAGCACUUCCUGGAUGCCCAGGGCCGCUUCGUCAAGCAGGAGGCCUUCAUACCCUUCUCAGCAGGCCGCCGCUCGUGCCUUGGGGAGCCCCUCGCCCGCAUGGAGCUCUUCCUCUUCUUCACCAGCCUCCUGCAGCACUUCAGCUUCUCAGUGCCCGCUGGGCAGCCCCGCCCCAGUAGCCACGGUGUCUUUGCCUUCCUGGUGACCCCAUCCCCCUACCAGCUCUGUGCUCUGCCCCGCUAGAGGUGGGCACCAAGCCCCCAACCCACUCCUCAGCAGUAGCCCUGAUGUACAAUAAACCAGUCUGGUGGCUCCAA